GAUUGGCACAACGCUACAGCUGCUUGAACGGUGAGACAUGGCGGAGUUUGUAGUCUGACAGAGAGGGCUCUUGAAGAGUUUGAUUUUACACUUUUCAACAUGUCGAAAGAACUUGAUUUCAGGACGACAAUGUCUUCGAAACGUGUGCAGAGUGGAGCUUAAAGAGGCAGAGACGUCUGUUUUUUUCGGGAAGGACGGAGCGGCGGUUGGGAAAAUGUGUUGUCAUCUUCGUGCAGUCAACAGCCUUGGGCAACAAAUAUGGCUACUUCUUGUGUAUCCUUCAAUUCGGGUUGAAAACCGUCCCAACUGGGCCGAACGGGAUAGUUUUGGGGAGUCGCCACAGUAGCAGUAGUAGUAGUAGUAGUAGUAGUAGUAGUAGUAGUAGCAGUAGUAGUAGUAGUACGAAGUGAAGUUGACUACCAGAAACGGGUAAGAAGCUGGAUUUGUCCCGAAGCGGAUCUGGUUAAAACCGAAGGGAAGGAGAAGAGAUGGAGCCCAAGCAUAAAGAGUUGUUGGAGAAAUGUUACCAGAACUUGGUGGAGUCGAUAACAGAUGCGGACCGAGUUGUGGAUGUUUUGGCUCACUGCGGGACCCUCAGCCAGUCUGAACGCUACGAGCUGGGGCACAACUGCUCCUCCAACUCGGAAAAAGUGGACCUUCUCCUGAAGAUACUGCUAAGUAAGGACAGAGACCAUUUCGCAGAGUUUUGCAUGGCCCUGGAGAAGACGCACCCUCACCUGCACUCUGUGCUGCUGAAUGGCAUCGGACCAGUGGAUCACACAACUGGUUCCACUUACAGCAUCUUGUCCACCAUGCCGUCGGACUCAGAAAGCAGCAGCUCUCUCAGCAGCUUAGGUACGCCCGGUCAAGCCUCCUCCCCUCCGCCCGCCCACAUGGACAGCCACCAGGUGAACGAGAAGAUUGAGACGGUUCUGUUCCAGCUCAGACAUGUGACCCGCGAGAGGGACGAACUACGUAAACGUCUAGCUCUCUCUUCGCCCGGAACCACCUUUGAUGACUGCAGUAGACCAAACUCAAAAGCAGGUCAUGACUAUGAGCGUCUGAAGCUGCAGUGCAUUAAGGCGAUGGCAGACCUGCAAUCCCUGCAGAACCAGCACAGCACCACCCUGAAGAGGUGCGAGGAGGCUGUGAAGAAAGCAGACUUCUACCAUACGCUGCACAACCGUCUGGCGAGCGAACAUGCCCAGAUGAAAGAGGAGCUGGAGGCGGUGAGACAGGACAACAUCCAGCUGGUCAGGGAGCACAACCACGUGAAGCAGGCCUGUGAGGAGCUGAGGAGGCUGCAUGACGACGACCAGAGAGAGGUGGCUGACAUGAGGAUGCUGCACCAGCAGGUGAUGAGAGAGGGUUCACCAGAUGUCCUCAACAAGCUGUAUGACACAGCUGUGGACAAGUUGGAGUCCAUGAAGAGUGACUACGAGACUUUGAGGAAGCGCUAUAAUGAGAAGACAGCUGGUCACAACGCAGACCUGAGUCGUCUGGACCAGGCUGAGGAGGAGAACCACCGGCUGCAGAAACAGCUGGACAUGUUGCUGAAGCAGAGAGAUGCUGCCAUCCACUAUCAGCAGCAGUACUCCUCGUCUAUAAGAAGGUUUGACAACACGCAGCAAGAACUGUCCAAGGCCGCAGCCCAGAACAAGGAGCUGCAGCGAGAGAUGGAGCGGCUGCAGUCAGAGGCCACACGGUUGAAGACCCAGCAGCUCAAGGCGGUGAAAGACUGCGAGAAAUACAAGGAGGAGCGGGACUCUGUGAUCAACGAGUACCGUCUGAUCAUGAGCGAGCGGGACCAAGUGAUCAAAGAGGUGGACAGGCUUCAGUCCGGGCUGGAGAUGGCAGAGGUGAAGCUGAAGAACACUUCUUCAGAGAGACGGGUGGCCAACGAGGAGCUGGAGGCUCUCCGACAGGAGCUGGCCUCAGCACUGGUGGAUAGGGACCGGGCCAUCUGCGAAAAGAACGAGCUGCUGGAGAAAUACUGCCACGAGGUGAAGGACAAGGCCGAGGCCCAGAAGGAGCUGAGCCAGGCCUGCAAGGACAUUGAGACGGUGCGCGAGGAGAGGGAUGUGGCCCGCAAGGAGAGGACAGAGGCCAUCAUCCAGAGGGACCAGCUGCUGCGAGAGUAUUACCAGGCCAGACAGAAACAAGACUCUGCCACUCUGGACAUGGAACGAGCCAACAAGGAGAUCGAGAUGCUGAGGAAGCAGUACGAGGCCAUCUCUCAGGAGCUGAAGGAGGCCCUGCAAGAGGCCGAGGUAGCCAAGUGUCGACGAGACUGGGCCUUUCAGGAGAGGGACAAGAUAGUGGCAGAGAGGGAGAGCAUACGCACGCUAUGUGACAACCUGAGGCGAGAGAGGGACAGAGCUGUGAGUGAUCUGGCAGAUGCUCUGAGGAGUCUGGAUGACACGAGGAAACAAAAGAACGACGCUGCACGGGAACUCAAAGAACUAAAAGAAAAGAUGGAGGACCAGUUAGAAAAGGAAGCAAGGUUUCGUCAGCUAAUGGCUCACAGUUCACAUGAUUCAGCCAUCGACACAGACUCGAUGGAGUGGGAGACGGAAGUUGUAGAAUUUGAAAAGCACAGAGACAUGGAUUUGAAGGCACUUGGGUUUGAUAUUGCUGAGGGGGUAAAUGAUCCUUAUUUACCAGGAGAUUGUGGAAUAUUUGUCAGUAAGGUGGAUAAAGGAAGUAUUGCUGAAGGAAGAUUAAGGGUGAACGAUUGGUUGUUGAAAAUUAAUGAUGUGGACCUGACCAAUAAGGACAGGAAGCAGGUGAUCAAAGCGGUGCUUAGCGGUGAGGGAGUGAUCAAUUUGGUGGUUCGCAGAAGGAAGUCACUAGGAGGACGGAUCAUCACUCCGAUCCAGAUAAACCUGGCUGGACACAAAGACAGUGGCAUAGGUCUGGAAAGUGGAGUGUUUGUUGCCACUUUGGCUCCAGGCAGUCCAGCUGCCAGAGACUGUGCUCUUACUGUUGGGGAUAGACUGUUAGCUAUCAAUGGAAUUGCACUCGAUAACAAGUCGCUCUCUGAAUGUGAGUCUCUGCUGAGGAACUGCCGCGACUCUCUCUCCAUCUCCCUCAUGAAGUUCCUCCCACAGAGCUGUUCUGGCCAGAGUUUAUUUGAAAGUUUGAGAGACUCAGAAAAGAUCUCCCGGCUCCAGUCCUGUGAGAUCCACGCCAGGAACUGCAGGAACUCCAAGCACAAUUGCUCCACACAAACAGAUGUUUGCAGCUGUGACCUGGGCGAUAGAGGGGACGAAGCAUGUAAGGAUACAGGUGACUCUCUGGGCAGCAGCAGCGAUGCUCACUGCCACCACAAGCCUUUUUCCAACAGCUCCCUACACUCCCGUUCCCUUUCCACCUCCCACAGUCCCUCAGAGCCCCACCCAGACUUCUGCUACAGGAGGCAGGAGCUCCACCAUCACCCCUUCACCUUCACACCCGUGCUCUCCGACUGCAGCUCACCUCAGACCACUGUGGAUCGAGUGCAGAGUUCACCAGCGAAGCCCGGCGGAGGCACAUGGCCUAAAGUCAUAGUGGGAGCUUCUAUUCCCGAGUGUGCCCAGCUCUCCAUCUAUAAAAAAGCCAAACAGAGGAAGUCCAUCUUUGAUGUGAAUGCUUUCAGGAGACCCGAGGUGCCCCCGAAACUGGACUACAUGUCUCUUUCUCAGUUGCCCAAGCACUCGCCCCAGAGUUCGAUAUCUGAAUCUGCUCAGACCCCUCCCACCCCGCCAGCCAGGAGCGACUCGUUCAGGUUCAAACAUCACCAGCAGAACAGCUCAGCGUCGGACUCCACCAUCACCACCGGUACUCCCCCGGCCUCCCCAGCCCAAGCUACAAGCCCACAGCACCAGGGAGAGGCCAGGAACCAGCUCUAUUACACCAAUACUCCUCCAGGAGAGACCAAGAGCGGCUCCAAGAAACCUGCUGAGGAGGAGGGGAGUCGACAUAGGGCAGAGGAGCGGGGAAAGAGAAGGUAUCGGCCAAAAUCAGCACCGGCACUGCGGCGUAAUGUGACUCCAUUACACAUCCCGGUUUCUAUGCAGGUACAGAGUUUCUCUAACGACGAGCACUCCCCAGAGCCAAUGGACAUGUUACGCUUCUCUCCAAUGCGAACCAAUCGGUACAGCAUGCCCUUUGCACCCCCCAGCUACAGCAGCAUCACAGCACAACCAGCACAGCGAGGUUUAGCCCCGUGUCCCGCUGUGACGGCUGUGAUGAGGAACCCGGUCUAUACUGCCUGGAGCCACGAGAUCCAGUCCAACAACUGUCCUCCAGCUCCCAGCUCAGGCAUCCACCCACAUUCACACACAAGUCCCCAGCAUCAAGGUCGCCUAAGUCUGGACCUCAGCCACAAGCGCACUGGAGACUUGACUGAGACAAGCUGCAGCCAACCACCACACAGCACCAACUCCCUGCCCUCCAGCGCCAGACUGGGCUCCACUUUACAGUUUAGGGCAGAACGUAUUAAGAUCCCUCCAACUCGUUAUCCCCGCUCCACUGGAUCUGACAGAGGCUCCCUCUCACAUUCAGAGUGUAGCAGCCCGACACCUCCAAUGUCCCCUAUCAAUCUGGAGACAUCAUCUUUCGCUAGCAGCCAAUCACAGAGCUCCAUUUCCACCCAGCCCAGGAUAUCAGUCAGCCCUGCUCCAGUUGGUGGCAGGCGGAAGGAUGGGCCAUACUUGGAGGAGCCACGCAAUGUGACAGUACAGAAAGGAGCAGAACCAUUGGGGAUCUCCAUUGUGAGUGGAGAGAACGGGGGAGUGUAUGUGUCCAAAGUGACAGCAGGCAGCAUUGCACACCAAGCUCGUUUAGAGUACGGAGACCAACUCCUCGAGUUUAAUGGAAUCAACCUUCGCAAUGCCAACGAGCAGCAGGCACGACUGGUGAUCGGGCAGCAAUGUGACACAGUCACCAUUUUGGCUCAGUAUAAUCCUCACAUGUUUCAGCUGGGCAACCACUCUCGUUCAGGUUCUCGUAUGGAGUCGAUCAGCAACCAGCCAACUCCCCAAGAUAGUGGAGCCACCACCCCGGACAAUCACUCAACCGUCGAUACACUGAGUGAGCAGGACGAGGGCACCAUGACGCCGCCGUCCAAACAGACGACUCCUGCCAUCAGCCCUCUCAACUCCUUCAGGCUUCCUGGUUCAAGUACGCGUCAGGCUGCAGAGCCUCGGCUGGUGAGGCUGAAGAGGAUCCAGGUGGAGCUGGGAGUUCAGGUCUGUGGAGGAAACCUUUACGGCAUCUUUGUGGAGAGUCUGGAUGACGACAGCCCUGCUAAGAGUCCUGAUGGCCUGCUGCCAGGAGACUUGAUACUGGAGUACAAUGGCAUCAACAUGAAGAACAAAACUAAAGAAGAGGCUUACUUGGAAAUGUUGAAACCAGCUGAAACAAUCACAUUCAAGGUCCAGAACUGCUUGGCCAACCUCUCUGCGAUCAAAGAAUCCUGUGGAGAUGGAUUUUAUAUAAGAGCACUUUAUGAGAGGGUGGCAGAAGUCGAGCAGGAACUGAGCUUUAACAAAGAUGACAUCCUGUAUGUUGAAGAUACGCUACCAAAUGGCAAUUUUGGCUACUGGAUGGCCUGGCAACUUGACGAGAACGCACAGAAGCUGGGAAAAGGGCAGAUUCCAAGUAAAUACAUGAUGGACCAGGAGUUCUACAGGAGACACAGCAUGGCCGAUAUGAAAGACGAUAACGGCACCGGCAAGACUCUGUCUGCUGCUGCACGGAGAUCCUUCUUCCGCCGGAGGCUGAAGCACAAACGCAGCGGAUCCAAAGAUGGGAAGGAUCUGAUGGCUCUGGAAGCCAUAAGCACAGAUUCUUUACCCAUCACAGAGGACGGAGUGAGCAUGAUGUACCAGCGGGUUCAGAGGGUCGAGUGCUCUUCCCCCAGACCAGUGCUGAUCUUGGGUCCAUUGGUGGAGGCCAGUAAGGACAUGUUGGUGAAGGAGUCUCCUGCCAUGUUCUGUCGCUGUCUGCCUGAGAUUAUGAAGGCAUCUCAGCAGGCGAUAGAGCGGGGAGUAAAGGACUGUGUGUUCAUUGACUACAAACGGAGGAGCGGCCAUUUUGAUGUGACAACUGUUGCGUCAAUAAAAGAGAUCACAGAGAAGGACUGUCACUGUUUACUUGACAUUGCCCCUCACGCCAUCGAACGUCUUCACAGCGUUCACAUCUACCCAAUCGUCAUAUUCAUUCGCUACAAAAAUGCCAAGCAGAUCAAAGAGCAGAAGGACCCUUUGUACCUGCGGGAUAAACUAUCUCAGAAACAUUCCAAGGAGCAGUAUGAGGCGGCACAGAAAAUAGAGCAGGAGUACAUCCGCUUCUUCACAGGUGUUGUCCAAGGAGGCAGCGUCUCCUACAUUUGCACUCAGAUCAUGACCAUCGUGGAGCAGGAACAGAGUAAAGUACUGUGGAUUCCAGAUGGUGCACCGUAGAAAUUUCACCUCUCUCACCACACGCCGCUCCGAAAACAUUCGAAAGGAUGUGAUAUUUUUUUGUUUUGUUUAUGGGACACAGUGAAUCGGUACAUCUAACAGACAUCAUGGUUAACUCCAAUGCUUUCUCACAUAUAGCAAUAUCAGCACUGAUGAUGAUCAUGUAAUAUACACUACAAUAGUGAUGUACUGUACUACAGAUAGAUUUGUUUACACUAGUAUUUAAUACUUGAAUGUUUUAUUUUCCCUUACAUCUAGUAGCACUCCUUUUUAAUCCCACUGUGUCCAAUGAACAUGUCGGACCACAGGAAGUCUGCAUCGAUGCAAACUGAAGACUGUAUUCUUGAAGUGAAGAUGGAGUGGACCACUGUGUUCCCUUCUCUAUAUUUAUACGUAUUUUCCUGCCAUUUAAUUUAUCUAAUCAAAUCAAAGAUGUUGGUUAUGAACCUUUGUUAUACAAAUGUAGUUGUGUAGUUAAUAGGAAGGAUGAUAUUUUCCAAUUAAUGUUCUUAUUUAUAGAGGAGACAUCGGGGCAAAUUUGCUUCCUACCUUCACAUCAUGUUGCAGUCUUCUGUUCUGUUGUCCUCUGUUUUUUCUCUGUUGACAUCAUUUCAGUCCUCAAAAGAUAAUAUUGUGCCAAGCUAAAAAUAUUUGUUAAUCACUGUCCAUUCUUGGAUUUAUUAACAUUACAACUUCCAUUAUAAAUCACAUAGCAGGUAUGUUCAUUUCACCACAGUUUGUCCCAGUUUGUGUGUUCUACUGCUAUUGCCAAUACUUGUUCCUCUUUGUCAAGUGGAUUUUUAAAGAAGGGAUAUUUUUAUUUCUGGUUCAUGGUUGGCUGUCAACUAAACACAUUCACCUCUUGGAUUUUCAGUAGAUCACGUUGUCAACAUUUCAUGUUCAAGUUAGAUGAAACACUUUAGGUUAGGUUUUCUCCUAAUGAAGGUUAAUAUUUCUAUAAAAUAUUAAAAACAAGAGUACUGUGAUUGGAA